AUGUCAGAAAAAGAAGCUAAUACAAACGUUGAACUUGAUAGCAGUGUUGAGUCUUCUGACAAUUAUCACCACGAUGAUAGUCAUCUUGAACUCAAGAAACAUACGCCAGAAGAAAUAGCUUCAUCUGGCAAAUGGUACGAUCGAAGAUUGAUUCCUGGGCUUCCCCAAUAUUCUGACUCGAUGGUUCAGAUUAUAAUGCUUUCAUUUGUUCUUUUCAUGACACCUGGUAUGUACAAUGCGUUGAGUGGUAUCGGUGGUGCAGGUAUAUCGGAUAGGUCAACGGCAGAUAAUGCUAAUGUUGCGUUAUACUCAUGUUUUGCAACUAUUGGGUUUUUUGCUGGUACUAUUUGUAACUAUUUUGGUAUUAAGGCUUGUUUGAUUGGUGGAGGUACUGGUUAUUUUAUUUACUCGUCGAGUUUAUUAUGUUUCUAUCAUACUCAGAACAAAGGGUUUGUUAUAUUUGCUGGUGCCUACUUGGGUAUUUGUGCCUCUUGUCUUUGGGCAGCUCAAGGUACGAUCAUCUUGAGUUAUCCUACCGAAGAUAAAAAGGGAAGAGCCAUUAUGGUGUUCUGGGUGAUAUUUAACUUGGGUGGUGUUAUCGGAUCCAUCAUUCCAUUAGCUAACAAUAUUAAUAAUAAGGGUUCAGCAGUUGGAGAUAGUACCUAUAUUGCAUUCAUGGUUUUGAUGUUCUGCGGUUCACUCAUAGCUAUGUGUAUGUUGCCAAUGAACAAGGUUUGGAAAUCAGAUGGUACUCGUGUCAUGAAUAAGAAGUUCCCAAGUUGGAAAAAGGAGCUUGGUGAUUUAUAUCACUUGUUGAUUUCUGAACCAAGAAUUUUUUUCAUAUUCCCUAUGUUUUUUGCUUCGAACUGGUUCUAUACAUAUCAAUUUAAUGAUUUCAACGCUGGUCGUUUCAAUAUUAGAACCAGAUCCUUAAAUUCGUUGCUUUACUGGUUAUCUCAAAUGUUUGGUGCUACUAUUUUUGGAUCUAUUUUAGACUUGAAGUACUUCCGUAGAAGUGCUCGUGCUAAGCUUGGAUAUAUCAUAUUAACUGUUGUAUCUUUAGCUAUUUGGGGAGGUGGAUUAAAAUUUCAACUUGGCUUUACAAGAGAAGAUGUCACAAGCCCAGAUGCUGCUGGUAAAAUCCCACCUAAACUUACUCCAAUUGAUUUCAAAGAUGGUGCAUAUGUUGGACCUGUGUUCCUUUAUAUAUUCUAUGGUAUCUUUGACUCCAUGUUCCAAACUUACUUGUUUUGGAUUUUAGGAAGUAUGAGUAAUAAUCCUAAGAAGACUGCUUUAUACGCUGGUUUUUACAAGGGUCUUCAAUCCGCAGGUGCAGCGAUUGUAUGGAGAUUAGAUGCUUUGGAAAAACCUUACAUCGACUUGUUUGCAAGUUCUUGGGCUUUGGUUAAUGGUUCUUUGCUUAUCGCAUUGCCAUUGGUCUGGUUUAAGAUUACUGAUCACACAGACAUUGAAACCGAUGGCUUGACUGAAGUUAUAACAGAAAAUGAAAUUAAGUCAGUUAAAUCCAUUGCAGAGGUUUAA